CUCACAAGAACUAAAUCGAACUCCACCCCUUCAGCUCCCUGUAUUCCUUGUACUAAAAGAAUGAAAAUGUUGCACGGUGCAGACUUGGGUGUUGACUUUGCCGAGUGUAUGGGUGUUGUCCUGAUAUUGGGAUUUGUAGAGACUUGGGUGUUGACUUUGCUGAGUCCUUGGGUAAAAUUUGAACGAAGCAUGAGAAAUCCUGAGUGA